CUCCUUCCGGUCCGCCGGAUUAUGAAUGACGGACAGUUGUGCUGUUACCCUGAUGCGCUGCCUGCUGUUUCUCUCCGGUCUCGUGGGCUGCGAAUGGUCAGCGGGUGAAGACUCCCUGAAGCAGCCUCGCGAAUCCCGGCUCCGGCGGGGCGGGAAUGCGCUGGCGGCCCGUGUCGCCGACACACUCACGCACCCUCCCUGCCUGGCCGCGCCUCUGCGACCAGGUAACCCAAUGAAAGAAGAAAAUGAAAGGCAUUAAGAAGAGUCUUACAGAAGAAUAUCUAUACUUGGAUUUUUCUCACCACAUAGAAGGGUUCAUCUUUCCUCUUCAUACAUCUGUAACUUUAUUUUUGUUAUCAUACUGUGACUGCAAAAUCUUUAAAGUUUGCUUAGUCCCCAACAGAGAAAGCACUGAUGUUUUACUGCUUAAAAAUGUACUGUCUGAGGAUGUUGACAUACAAAUUAUUUCAAGGCAAGAUCUUCCACCAAUAGUCCAGAGUUGCUGUUUACCUGCAGUAGUAGAAAGACCAGACAGUUUCUGUAGAGCAGGACUUGCUGUUGUACUGAGACAUAUAAUCCAGAAAUCAUAUGAAGCAGACCCCUCAAAGAAGGAAAUUUUGGAACUUCUGGGUUUUAAGAAGACUUGCUUGAAAGCCUGUGCUGAAGUUAGUCAGUGGACCAGGCUUUGUGAACUUACCAUCCCUUUAGCUGUUGAGAGUUUUCUCAAAGAAUCUUCUGACCAGCCCCCAACUAUCCCUGCAGAAAUAUUAGAGCUAGAAAGAAAGCUUAGUGAGCCUGUGAGAGUGCAUAACGAUGACAAACUCCGGCGGCAGAAGCUGAAGCAGCAGAAGGCUGCUGGAGUCAGGCCUUCCCUGGCCAAGGAAAAAGCACAGAGCAAGGACCACAGACAGGGGUCAUCGGAGGAGAUGGACUCUUCCCCCGAGAGCCUGGAACUGAAGGUGGCCUUCGCGAAGCUCACAGUACACGAGGACCCUGCUCCUGCCAACAGGGAGCCUUCUCACAUCAGAAAAGCAAAAGCCUCUGACCUUCCACCCCUGGAGCAUGUGUUUGCGGAAGGCCUGUACUUCACUCUGGCAGAUAUUGUGCUCUUGCCUUGUAUCCAUCACUUCUUGGUAAUUAUCUGUAAGAAACUUUCGGAAAAGCUGGUAGAAUUUCCACUGCUGGCCGCCUGGUACCAGAGGAUUCAGGAAGUGCCAAGAGUAAAAACAGCGGCUUCCCAGUGUGGGAUCCAGUUUCUCCAUUUACCACAGUUGCAGACCACCUCAAAUGAACACCAUCCAAACUUAGAUGAAGCCCCAUGUGUAGAGGAGCAAAGUGAUCCUUUAUUUAUAGGAGGACCAAGACCCACUAUGACCAAGUUAAUGGAAAAAGGCAUUGAAGUGAUGUUUUCUCCCCACCCUUGCCCUACUUGGACCCUUGAUUGGGACACUCUUCCUGCAGCAGUGAGCCCAAAGGAAGGCUCAAUUUCUUCCUAUGGAGCCAUGAGGUACAGGGAACAAUCUAGUAUCAGAAUCGUUACCAGAAUUGCUAAGAAAUCCACGGACAGAACAAAGACAAUAAUGCUGGUGCCCAUUUCUUGCCUCUUGGUGGCUCCAUUUAGUAGCAGCAUCUGUGACACUAGCUCUCCCAAGCGCCUGAAAGUUACGUUAAUAGAAAACAAGGAAUUAUCAUUAAUUCGUGCUAAGAAGAGAAGUGACGAACUAGGUUUAAGCAACAUUUGGUUCAUUCAAGCAAAUAUGGAGUAUUUUACAGGGAUGUUUAAUAUUGGGGUGGCGUUGCAUGCUUGUGGAGUGGCAACAGAUAUGGUGAUUGAGCACUGCAUCAAAACACGGGCGUCCUUUGUCACGUGCCCAUGCUGUUACGGUUUCAUUCAGAAUACCUCAAAGUUUAAUUUUCCAAAAAGUGAUCAAUUCAAGAAAACAUUAUCGUACAAGGAACACAUGAUUCUGUGCAGAUUUGCAGACCAGACAGCUGUCCAGCUUCCACCCCAACGAAGGCUCAUAGGAAAACAGUGCAUGUGCCUGGUGGAUCUGGAUCGAGCAAGAGCUGCAGAAGAACGUGGCUACUCCGUUCAAGUGAUAUCCAUGCAGCCAGAGAGCUGCUCUCCCAAAAAUAACAUGAUCGUGGGAGUCCCCAUUUAGAGUGAGAUAUUCACGUCUGAUGCUGUGCCAUCCGUCUCCCUGAUGCAAGCCCAGUGGCACUCAGGAGGGUCCUGGCAUAAUUAGAAGCAGCGUCAGCCAUCUUGAACUUCCUGUGCUGAGGAAGGAGCACAGCAGGAGCGUCUUGGGAGAAGGCUGCCUGCAAAGCGUCGCAGAUGUGCUUGUGGCGUGUGAUUAAAGGACUGCUGGUUUUCCUAGUGAGAGUCCCCUGCAGUCUCAGCUGCCAGCAGAGUGAGCCUCACGAGAGGAGGUUCUAUCACUGGAAUAACAAUUUCCUUCUCAGUGAUCUUUUCUGAUCUUGCCAGUGUGGUGUUCAGUUCAAAACAUUGGACUUGCAGCCUUAUAAUCACUUAGAGAUUCAAAUGGAGACCAAAACUAAACUGAGUGGGUUUUGUUAGUCUGCGUUUUAUAUUUUUUAACAAUUGCACUUUUUUAAAUAAUUUUUUUAGAAAGCCUAGUCAGGUAAUUACAGUAUGGUUAUAUUUUUAAGCUGAGGUGAGUUGGACUUAUAUUUCAUUUCAUAACUCCUUUUAAAUAUAUUUCCCAUAAAUUGCCAAAUGGGAUCACUGCUGGGUCAAACAUUUUAUAUGAAAGUAUUAUAAAAUAAUUGCAGUAAAUUUCCUAUUAUAGGAACAUUAAUUUGGACAUAAAUUCUAACCAAUCAGUAAAUACAUUGAUAUGUUAAUUCAAGUCUAUAAGUAAUUGCUGAGGAUCCAUUAUUUUCAAGGUCCUGGCCUAGAUUCUUCUAAGGAUACAAAGAUGAGUUGGAAGAGACACAGUGCCUUUGCUAUAGAAGUAAAUCACGUACAAGAGAAAGAUUCAUGAAUCAGUUAAGGUCACAGGAUUUGUUUUUCAGAUAUCAAUCCUUUUUAUUUUUGAUACAAUUUACUGAGUAUAAUUGGAGAAGGAGUAGGGUGUGGAAGCUUACCUGAGUAGUUCUCUCCCUCCUCAAAUAGCCCGUAUUCCACCAGCCAGUUUUUAAAAACAGUUGGUGUGUCCUUUCACACAUGCUGCUAAUUCUUUUUUUACAUGUCCUAGGUUAUUUCAUUUGAGAUAAGAUUUAUUUCAUCAAUUUUGAUUUUUUUUCAACCACUGUAUGACACAUACCAUGAGGAGAAAGGGCUUUAAUAAAUACCUCUUUCAUCACUGUGGAUAAAAAUAUAGGAAUAAUUUAUGAAGGGGAUGGGGGUUUGAACUCUUGCUUUCUGAGAUAAAUUGAAGAAUUAACAUCAGCCCUGAGUAUCUUGGUCAUUUACACCUGCAAACACGCCAUGCUCUUUUAUCCUGGGCUUUCUUUUUAAAUUGAGGUAGAAUUUACAGACAAUAAAUAACAGAUUUUAAGUGUUGUGAGUUGAGGACGUUUCGACAACCAUAUAUAUCCAUGCAAACACCAUCAGAAGUAAGAUACAGGCUAUUUCUGUCAGCCCAGAAAGUUCUCUCAUGCUUUCUGUUCAAUUUGCCCCACCCCAAGGCAACCACACUCUGACUUCUGUCCCCCUACAUGUGUUUUGCUAUUUUUGUCCUUCAUAUAAAUAAAGUCAUUUAGGAUAUAGUCCUUUGUGUCUAGCUUCUUUUGCUCAACGUGUUUUUUUUCCCUUGAAAAAUAACAACUUUGUUAUGUUUAUCAAUGGUUUCUUCUUAUUCCUAAGUAGUAUUUCAUCAUAUAAAUAUAUCAAAAUGUGUUUAUCCAUUCUCCUGUUGGUAUUUAUUUGGAUUGUUUUCACUCUGAAAAUAAUAUGAAUAAGCUCUAUAAAUACUCUUGUGCAAGUCUUUUUGUAGACUUAUGUUUUCACUGCUCUAGGAUAAGUAUCUAGUAGUAGAACUGCUGGGUCUUUGAAGAAAUGAAUAUCAAUUGCCAAAUAAUUCUCCAAAGUGGUUGUGCCGUUUUCUAUUCCACCAUCAUCGUAUAAAGGUUCUCGUUCUCCACAUCCUCAAUAGUUGAUGUUGUCAAGUUUGUAUAUUUUUACCAUUCUGGUGGAUGUGAAAUGGUAUCUCAUUCUGGUUUUAAUUUUCAUUUCUCUGAUGACUAGCGAUGUUAAGCAUCAUUUAUAAAGUGUCUAUUCGAGUCUUUUGCUUAUUUUUAAAAUUUAGGUCAUUUAGGGUUUUAUAGUGUUGAUUAUACAUUCUGGAUAUGAGUCAUUUGUCAGUAUAUGUAUUAAGAAUAUUUUUCCCAGGCUGCAGCUUGCUUACUCAUUUUUAGAAUGAACAUCUUAAUUUUCAAGAAGCCUAAUUUAUCUUUUUCUUUUAUGGUUAAUAUUUUCUGUGUCCUCUGUAAUAAAUCUUUACCCACCCUAAGGUUAUGAAAA